AUGGCGGCCGUUGAUGGCCAGCCUUCCUUGGCUGGUCCUCCUCGGUCGUUUUCUGAUUUUUUCUCUACCGCUCCUCAACCACUGCCGGAGGUGUUGGUCCCUUUCAGGCAGCCGAAAUACUUGGAAGGUGAAGUUUUCUUCUCUUUUUCUUCUGAGGAAAUUCUCAAAACGUCGGAACCAUUCAGAUUUUCUAUGGUGGUAAAAUUCUUACGACAGAGACCUUCUCUCGAUAGCAUUCGUGCCUUCAUCCGAAGCCGAUGGGGUCUGUCUUCGAUACCCGUUGUAUCAGCCAUGCAACGCCCUAGAAAUAUUUUCAUUCGCAUGACUAAUGAAUCUGAUCUUCGUAAGGCCUUGUCAAGGGAGUCGUGCGAUAUAGAUGGUGUUCCAUACCGCUCUUUUUCUUGGUCUCCUGAGUUUGAUGAAGAUCUGGAACCUCCGUUUGUUCCUGCUUGGGUGUUUUUACCGGGCCUUCCUCCCAACUUUUACCACGCUUCUGUCCUUGAAAUGCUUACGGCACCGAUAGGGAAAUUUAUCCGUCGAGAUAAUCCCACGACGUGUGCCACUCGCACUGAUGGGGCUCGGGUCUGCUUAGAGAUUGAUGCCUCAAAGGAGCUAAUCCAUCAUUUUUGGAUUGGUCUUCCGGGGAUGCCAAGCAGCCGUAGGCAGGAAAUCAUAUAUGAAACUUUGCCGGCUUAUUGUUUGAAGUGUCGAUGCCAAGGACACAAUCAAAAGACUUGUCGGUAUGGAAGAGACCCGAAUCAUAAGGAAAAAGGAGGAAAGAUUUGGGUGAAGAAACCUGAACAAUUAAAGGCGAAGGGGGAACACAUUGCUAGUGAUGUUCCGAAUGCAGUGUUUGCGUCUAAUUCUGCAGGAAAAAAAAAAUUUCAGUUCCGGUUGAUGGCGUGGGGAUAG